AGCCGCUCGCCUGGCCCGAGCGCCUUGGGGGGCCGCGGGUCCUGUCGGCCGAGCGCAUGGCCAUACCAGGCGGGGUCGCGCAGCUGUCCCCGGGGAAUGCCAAUCGCAGGUCAUCCCAGAAGCUCACGGUCAUCCCAGAGGGAGAGCGGGAAGUGAAGUACCGAUUCGACUUCGUCAUCUGCGGCAAGGGUGCUGGCAACUUCGUCUCGAGCGUGAUCUCGUCCGAGCUCGCCCAGGAGUUUCUGAGCAAGGUCCGGCAGGACGAGAAGCGCAGCUCCUCGCUGGAGACCCUGGCGGAAGACGAGGAGGAGCAGCCGGUGCAGGUGCGCUCUACGUCAGAUGCGAAGAAGUCGACCGCCUCGUCGCUGGGGGCCGACGAGCGCAUUAUGUUCCUCCCAGUCGGAGAGAAUGCAUCGCAGAUUGCCCGGCUUCGGUUCCAUUCCCUUGAGAAGUUCACCGACUCGCUGCAACAGCCGAAGGAUAGACCUCAGGCUCUCUUCACCGUGGUGGGGCUCCUGUGCACAAAGCCGGCCGGGAACCCCGAGGACGAAGCUGCCAAGUCGGCCAUCGGAGAUUGGCAGUCCAGACUGGCGGAGCUCGGCUUUAUGAAGGCCAGGCUGCGACCUUACACGGUAACCCUUACUUACGGGCUGGACGAGGAGACGCAGAGAAGGCCGUGAUCGACUGCAUCAACAAGACGAAGGUCCCGGUCACUCCGAUAUUCCAGGAGGACGACGACACCGAGAAUGUCGUUGAGUCCCUCCAGACGGCGAUAGACAAGGCCGUGGCCAACAGCAACAAGAUGAGAAGAACUGCGAGCCUCCUAAGCCGCCAGGAUUCAAGAGCAGCGGGGACAGAGAAAAAGGGUUGGUGCUGCAGCCAAUGAGGUCCCGUCCCUGAAUUGUGAUAGCAUCGAAUCUAAAGGGUUCGGCGACCAGUAAAGGAGGCUUGUGGCAUCUUAUGUCUGAUGGUUGGCCACCGAUCUUAGGCCGUAGGUGCUCUUGGAGUUGAGUCACGAGGUUGGCACGGCCGCCUGUCAGAGUACUCGAAUCAUGGUUGGGGCGUCUGGUUAGCUCCCGCGGGGAGGGGGAUGAGGGCAUCGGCAACUUUUUUCGUGUGCCGCAGAGGACGUAGGCACACAGCAGUUGCACCAGCAUGCGCUUUGCACUGUUCGCCCAGACUUCCUGGGACAUCUGCCCCGACUUCUCAGUGCCGAACGGUGCUGCUCUUCCUGUGCUUCUGUGCCGUAGUGGUGGCGUUUGGCCACAGGUGCCUUAGAGACAAUCUCAGUCUUUUCGUCACUUGCCUAAGAGGCUUGUCGACUCCCCGCCCGUUCGGUGAUGCUGGGUGCGAGCCUCGGUCCAUCAUCUCAUGCGGACUGCUGCGCCAACGAGCCUCCAGCCCUCUGCUCUGACCAGGAACUGUCAAGAAGGGCAGCGUGCUCCUCAUUGUGGGGAUCAAAGGGAGAUGCCUAUCCCUCCCCUCUACCUCUUCCCGUCCUCCAUUCCUCGGCCGCGCGCUCGGCCCACGCAGGGAGGCGGGCCCAGCCUUGGGAUCCGCAGAACGGGCGUGGCCUGCGCCCCAGCCGCUCUAGAGCAGCCUCCGAGCACCUCCGCUCACAUCCCGAGCGAUGUCCUCCAGGAGGUCGGGGCGCACGCAUUCGGAACGAUUCUGCACGCCGGCGUCGAUUCACGCGGGGCCGAAGGCGCCGGUUACCGCCAGCGCCAAGCCAAAGCUGCGGCGCCCUCAAGAAGCAGUAUGGCCAAGCGUCUGUAGGCCUGCCUUUGGCCCUGGGGCUGAAAAGUCAUCCAAGAAGUCCAACGCCCUUGGCGAAAACUCCAUGCGUAGGAUUGCGUCGAGAGCUUCAGACCUGCGGGCGUUUUCUUCAAACACCAGACGUCGGUCUGGGGCGCUCUGUCGGUCUGGGGCGUUCGAGGUGGUUUUCGCGGUAUGGGAAGUCUCCACUGUUUCUUGGG